AUGGAAACUCUCGACAACACUGAAUGGGAUGUGCUUAUAGUCGGCACUGGACUACAGCAGUCUUUGCUCGCUUUAGCCUUGUCGCGCUCGGGGAAGAAAAUCCUCCACAUCGACGAGAAUGACUACUACGGCGGUGCCGAAGCGGCUUUCAGCUUACAGGAAGCUGAGGAGUGGGUGCAGCGGGUGAAUGAUGAUGCAUCGAAUGCUGCCUUCUCCCAUAUUACCAUCAUCAAGCCCGAGGCCACCAGGUCAGACUCAUCAGCACCCGUAUUGUCGUUCCCGAGAGCAUACAGCUUGGCACUUAGCCCGCAGCUGAUAUAUGCACGCUCGUCGCUCCUCCAAUACCUUGUCUCUUCAAGGGUCUACCGUCAGCUUGAAUUUCUAGCUGUCGGUAGUUGGUGGGUAUACUCUGCAGAUGAGGGCAGCGAGAGCUCGGUUGCAUCUCCAAAUGCUUCACGACAUGGGAGGUUGCUGAAGGUACCAAACGGACGAGAAGACGUCUUCCAGAAUCAUGACCUCGACUUCAAGGCGAAGCGCGCUCUCAUGAAGUUCUUGCGUUUCAUCAGCGAGUACGAAGAGCAGACUGAGGUCUGGGAAGGGUACCGACAGAAACCUUUCCCCACCUUCCUCUCAGAGCAAUUCAAGGUCCCGGAUUCCCUACAGGAUCCGUUGCUCGCACUCACACUCUCGCCGUCGGGCUCGGAUCAGACGACCACUGAGUAUGCGCUACCGCGGAUUGCCAGGCACCUACGCUCGAUUGGCGUCUUUGGUGCUGGCUUCGGAGCAGUCAUCCCUAAAUGGGGCGGAAUAUCGGAGAUCAGUCAGGUUUCAUGUCGAGCUUGUGCUGUCGGUGGUGGUGUGUAUGUGCUUGGAAAAGGCCUAUCACCCGCAAGUGACAGCGCUGUGGAGACAACAGAGAACGGUAUCAAGCUUCGCCUGAAAGACGGCGAAGCUGUCACCACGAGAUGGGUCGUAGGUGGAAACACCGCGACCGCACAGGAGGACUCUUGCUGCCGCUCAAUGACCGUUGUCUCAUCUCCCCUUACGCCCUUGUUCCCGCCUAUCGCCGAAGAAGCACCAGCACCAGCUUGUGCUGUUGUUAUCUUCCCGUCUAGCUCACUGUCGCUGGACGGGCAUACUGAAGAGCUCCCACCAGUGCAACUCUUUGUGCACUCGAGCGACACGGGUGAAUGCCCCUCGGGUCAAAGUUUACUCUAUGCGUCUACCUCGCUGAGUGGCGAGAAGGGGUUUGAGCUCCUUCAACAAGCUGUCGAUGAGUUCUUGUCUUCGGUAGAUGUUACGCCACAGCCCAACAUACUCUGGUCGGUCAGAUACCAGCAACAACCAUCGUCCGGAUCCGAGUCACUUCCCACGGGUGCCGGAGAUCAGGUCCUCCGCUUUCCCCCUCCAUCAAUGGAUCUUGCCUUCGAUGACUCCGUGUUGGAGAACGUCCAGGGACUAUGGCAGAAGAUCGCAGGUGAUGACGGAGGGCAAUUUCUGAUAUUCCAGGACAGGGAAGCGUAUGAUGACGAGUAA